GACGAGUUGUGGAAGUCGGCUGCAGAGUGCGUACGGAGUGCUCCUAGAAAGACUAAACUGCUCCAGCCACCCCGGUGUUGUUGUUGAUCGUCCAACUUCAACACCAGCCUGUCUCGGUGAGCCCAUACACUCCUGUGGCAAGCAUUGCACCUGCAACUUCGCCGGUUCCUCGCAGUCAUCUCCACUUUGCACAAUCGUCUGUAUUUCCCGUCUAACGGCAGGAGGAGGACGACACCGCCUUCCAGGGAGCCAGUUGAGGUGAAGGGGUGGGGCUGGCAGAGGUUUGGGGACUCACCUACAUCAGCUUCUUUGAUCAAGCUUCCAUAUUCAUAUUCGACUCGACCCCGGCAUGUCGUCCCACGUGGAUCCCUUCAGGCUUCGCGCAACGCACCAGCUCUCUGCCAAAUUGACGCGCGGUCACGUACAUCCAUCCGUGGUGCAGAGAUUGGGCCCGAUUACCUGGUAUGAUGUGAAAUUCUACCCGCACAAUGGUCGCGGAAGCAGCCAAGUUUUCGCCGUGACUGGUGGAUCACUGGUUGCUAUCUGCAGAUGCGUGGUUGAAUUGGGAGGCGACAUCGAGGUUAUCCGUCUAUUCGAGGAUGAGGGUAUUAAAGAGGGCAAUGAAGCAAAGGCGUUCAACAGUCUGGAAUGGUCACGCGCCUCCAACGGCGACCCCCUAAUAUGUGUCGCUGGCGGGGACCCUAGAAUUAAGAUCCUGAGUGUAAAGACAGGGGAGUUGGUAAAUACGGUAACCGGGCAUGGAGAUGUGGGUACUGCGCCGCAUUGCGCCCACUGGUUUCUUUUUCCACAUCAUUUAACUAACAUCUUCCAGGUAGUUGCUGAUUUAGCAUUGUCCCCAGCCAACCCUAGCUAUCUAGCAUCUGCGUCUUAUGACCACACUAUCCGAUUAUGGUCCCUGGAUCCCGAUCAUCAAACAAAGCCCACGGCAACCUUAUUGUUUGGAGGUGGCCACGACCGGCAAGUUCUGACUGUAGGGUGGCACCAGAACGGAAAGUACUUGCUUUCUGGGGGCAUGGAUACGCAGUUAAAUCUCUGGACGAUACCGGAUACCGUCAACGAAACACUUGGAACGGAUCAUCCCGCUCGUAUAUACUAUCCGCACUUCUCCAGCAAGGAGAUCCAUCACGAUUACAUUGACUGUGUACGCUUUUACGGCGACCUCAUCCUGUCACGAGCAGCCAAGGACGACAAGAUUCUCCUCUGGCGCAUCGACGCAUUUGACUCGUCGAAAGACCCACCCGCCGCACCUCCCCUGCCGCCCAGUCAGGCUGUCUAUAGCGACGAAACGGUCUACGUGGCUGCGGCACAGGUCCCCAGGACACGCUCCGCAUGGGGCGGCAAGUUUCAGCGUCUACUUCAGUUCCACCACCCGAAUGCCGCACGCUUUUACAUUCGCUUUGGGCUCCUCCAGGCCCCGGGCAUGCAUCCGGUGUUGGGUGUAGGGAACGAGAAGCAUAGAGUCUCUUUUUGGGAUUUGCAAAAGCUGGAGAGUGCUGGGUUGGGCCAAGAUGUCGUCGUAGUGGAGAAGAAGAAGGAGAAGAAGGAGAAGAGCCCGCCCAAGGCACCACCAGGGACACGCUACCUUACCACGGGGAUCAGCGACCCACUCAAGUCGAUUGUACCCCAUACCACUGUUCAGUUGCAAGGGCCAAAAUUCACGAUCCAGCAAGUGGCGUUCAGCCCUGACGGGAGGUGGUGCGUGGCUGUAGGCAACGAAGACAUGGGUGCUGUGUUCAGUAGAUGGGAAGACGGAUUCCCGGAAUGA